AUGUCUGAAACAUACGGAGUACAGCCCGGCUCGUUGAAAGAGGCUCUUAGCAGUUCAACUUGCCACUUGUGGGAAGGGAAAGGUCUUCGCCUUCAGGUGACCAAUUCGAAAGUGAUUAAUGAACAGUCCGCCACCGAGAGGAGAUACAGGUGUGUUAUUAGUGAUGGCAAAUACUCGAUCCAGGGAUUGAUCGACGCGAGAUGUAACGCGUACUUGGAGGCUAACGGGUUUGCCAGGUACUCUAUUAUCACAGUUAAGCAGUAUACUGUUGCCAGAACUUUGAAGAGAAUCGUGCUCAUCUCCGAUCUUCUGGUUGAUGUGCCAAGGACCGAGAGGAUCUCGUCCGAUUUGACCUCUCUUGACACUUACUUUGACCAACACCCAGAUGAGGAUACUGCCACGAGCGUUACUGGAAACCAAGGCAACCUGCUGAGCAACAGCCCUCAACCCCAGCCCCCUCAGCAACAACAACAGCAGCAGCAGCCUCAGAAGCCAAACCAGCAGACGCGUGGCCGUGGUCCUGAGAGACCUGUCAACCCUAUUGAGUCCUUGUCGCCUUACCAAAACAACUGGACCAUUAAAGGUAGAAUCUCCUACAAGGGUGAGAUCAGAACGUGGUCCAACAGCAGAGGUGAGGGUAAGUUGUUUAACGUGAACUUCUUGGACGAGUCUGAUGAAAUCAGAGCGACCGCGUUUAACGACAUGGCCGACAAAUUUUACAAUUUACUUGAGGAAGGAAAAGUUUACUACGUCACCAAAGCGCGUAUUCAACAAGCCAAACCAAAGUUUUCUCACCUCAGCCAUCCUUACGAAUUGUCCUUGGAUAAAGACACGGAGAUUACAGAGUGUUUCGACACUUCUGAUGUCCCCAAAAUCAACUUCAACUUCACCAAAUUGAAUGACAUUCAAAAUUCGGAGAAGGACGCUAUCCUUGACGUCGUGGGUGUGAUUAAGAACGUGAACGAUGUAUUCCAAAUCACUGCCAAGUCUACCGGUAAGCCAUUCAACAGAAGAAACAUCACUCUUGUUGAUGACUCUAACUUUGCUAUCGAUGUCGGCUUGUGGAACGCAACCGCGGUAGACUUCUCCAUUCCCGCAGGCUCAGUCGUGGCUAUCAAGGGAGUUAAGGUUCAAGAUUUCGGUGGAAGAUCUUUGAGUUUGACUCAAGCUGGCAGUAUCAUGGGCAACCCUGAUAUCCCUGAGGCGUAUCAGUUGAAAGGCUGGUAUGACAACAAAGGAAUUAAUGAAAACUUUCAAAGUAUGAAGACGGAGUCCGCUGGUGCUGACCCAUUGGCCAACAGGAAGACAAUUCAGGAGGCUGAACAAGCCGAGUUGGGUACCGGUGAGAAGCCAGACUAUUUCUCUAUCAAGGGAACUAUCAACUACUUUAAGACAGACAACUUUUGCUACCCCGCGUGCAAUAAUGAAGUCAAUGUCUCGUCUAGAGGCCCCACACCUUGCAACCGUAAGGUCAUCCAAGAAAGUGAUGGCUCUUGGAGAUGCGAGAGAUGUAAUCUCACGUACGCUGAGCCUCAUUACAGGUACAUCUUGAACUGCUCCCUCAUGGAUCACACUGGUCAAAUUUGGGCGACUCUUUUUGAUAACGAAGCAAAGACUUUAUUCCAAGUGAGUGCCAGCGAGUUAUUGCAGAUGAAGGAGUUGGAAAACAGUGAUGUCCAUGAUUUCUCCAAAUUGGUUUACUCAAUCACGAUGAGGGAGUUUAACUUCAGGUUGAGAGCCAAACAGGAGAGCUUCAAUGGUAAUAUGAGAGUGAGAUAUAACGUGGUGCAAAUUAAUGAGAUUGACUUCAAUGCUGAGGGUCUUCACUUAGCCAAACAAUUGGAGUCGGUGCUUUAA